GCCCUCCUGGCGGCCGCGAUCGGGCGCCGGCUCGGGGAGCUGCCAGGUGCCUCUGGCCGACCGCGAGGGGCCCCGCACCUGCACGCGCCCCAGACGGGGAUGCCCGGAGCCUGCUGCCGUCCAGCACGCUAGCAGGGCGCGGGAGGGCACCAUGGCGCUGACACCCGGGCGUGGGUCCUCGGCGGGGCUGGUCCGGCCCGAGCUCUGGCUGCUGCUGUGGGCUGCCGCGUGGCGCCUGGGGGCCACGGCGUGCCCCGCCCUCUGCACCUGCACGGGGACCACGGUGGACUGCCACGGCACGGGGCUGCAGGCCGUGCCCAAGAACAUUCCGAGGAGCACCGAGCGCCUGGAACUCAAUGGCAACAACAUCACUCGGAUCCAUAAGAACGACUUUGCUGGGCUCAAGCAGCUUCGGGUGCUGCAGCUGAUGGAAAACCAGAUUGGAGCUGUGGAGCGAGGGGCUUUUGAUGACAUGAAGGAGCUGGAGCGGCUCCGACUGAACCGGAACCAGCUGCACAUGUUGCCAGAACUGCUGUUCCAGAACAACCAGGCUCUGUCCAGACUGGACCUGAGCGAGAAUGCCCUGCAGGCCAUCCCCAGGAAGGCUUUCCGUGGAGCUACAGAGCUUAAAAACCUACAGCUGGACAAGAAUCAGAUCAGCUGCAUCGAGGAAGGGGCCUUCCGGGCCUUGCGGGGGCUGGAGGUGCUGACCCUGAACAACAACAAUAUUACCACGAUUCCUGUGUCCAGCUUCAACCACAUGCCCAAGCUGCGGACCUUCCGCCUGCACUCCAACCACCUGUUCUGUGACUGCCACCUGGCCUGGCUGUCGCAGUGGCUGAGGCAGCGGCCGACCAUCGGACUCUUUACGCAGUGCUCGGGCCCCGCCAGCCUGCGCGGCCUCAAUGUGGCUGAGAUCCAGAGACAUGAGUUCAGCUGCUCAGGCCAGGGGGAGGCGGGGCGAGUGCCUGCCUGCACCCUUUCUUCCGGCUCCUGCCCAGCCAUGUGCACCUGUAGCAACGGCAUUGUGGACUGUCGUGGCAAAGGCCUCACUGCCAUCCCUGCCAACCUGCCUGAGACCAUGACAGAGAUCCGCUUGGAGCUCAAUGGAAUCAAGUCCAUCCCUCCAGGAGCCUUCUCUCCCUACAGAAAGCUGCGCAGGAUAGACUUGAGCAACAACCAGAUUGCUGAGAUGGCGCCUGACGCCUUCCAGGGCCUCCGCUCCUUGGACUCACUGGUCCUCUAUGGGAACAAAAUCACAGACCUCCCCCGUGGUGUGUUUGGAGGCCUAUACACGCUACAGCUUCUGCUCCUGAACGCCAACAAGAUCAACUGCAUCCGGCCCGACGCCUUCCAGGACCUACAGAACCUCUCUCUGCUCUCCCUGUAUGACAACAAGAUCCAGAGUCUUGCCAAGGGCACCUUCACGUCCCUGAGGGCCAUCCAGACACUGCACCUGGCCCAGAACCCUUUCAUCUGCGACUGUAACCUUAAGUGGCUGGCGGACUUCCUGCGCACUAACCCCAUAGAGACCAGUGGGGCCCGCUGUGCCAGCCCUCGGCGCCUCGCCAACAAGCGCAUCGGGCAGAUCAAGAGCAAGAAGUUCCGUUGCUCAGCCAAGGAGCAGUACUUCAUCCCAGGCACUGAAGAUUACCAGCUGAACAGCGAGUGCAGCAGCCACGUCGCCUGUCCCCACAAGUGCCGCUGUGAGGCCAGUGUGGUGGAGUGCUCCAGCCUGAAGCUCUCCAAGCUCCCUGAGCGCAUCCCGCAGUCCACAGCUGAGCUACGAUUGAAUAACAAUGAAAUUUCCCUCCUGGAGGCCACUGGGAUAUUUAAAAAACUUACACAUUUGAAGAAAAUCAACCUAAGCAACAACAAGGUGUCAGAAAUUGAAGACGGCGCGUUCGAGGGCGCGGCCUCCGUGAGUGAGCUGCAUCUGACUGCCAACCAGCUGGAGUCCAUCCGGAGCGGCAUGUUCCGGGGUCUGGACGGCUUGCGGACCCUGAUGCUUAGGAACAACCGUAUCAGCUGCAUCCACAACGACAGUUUCACGGGCCUGCGCAAUGUGCGGCUCCUCUCGCUGUACGACAAUCACAUCACCACCAUCUCUCCUGGAGCCUUUGACACCCUGCAGGCGCUCUCCACGCUGAACCUCCUGGCCAACCCAUUCAACUGUAACUGCCAGCUGGCCUGGCUGGGCGACUGGCUGAGAAAGAGGAAGAUUGUGACAGGGAACCCUCGCUGCCAGAACCCAGACUUCUUGCGGCAGAUCCCUCUGCAGGAUGUUGCCUUCCCUGACUUCAGGUGUGAGGAAGGCCAGGAGGAGGGGAGCUGCCUGCCCCGCCCGCAGUGCCCCCAGGAGUGCGCCUGCCUGGACACCGUGGUCCGAUGCAGCAACAAGCACCUGCAGGCUCUGCCAAAGGGCAUCCCCAAGAACGUCACAGAGCUCUACUUGGACGGCAACCAGUUCACGCUGGUUCCAGCUCAGCUGUCCACCUUCAAGUACUUGCAACUUGUGGACCUCAGUAACAACAAGAUCAGUUCCUUAAGCAAUUCCUCGUUCACCAACAUGAGCCAGCUGACCACUCUGAUCCUCAGCUACAACGCCCUCCAGUGCAUCCCUCCUCUGGCCUUCCAGGGGCUGCGCUCCCUGCGCCUGCUGUCCCUCCAUGGCAAUGACAUCUCUACCCUCCAAGAGGGCAUCUUCGCAGAUGUGACCUCCCUGUCUCACCUGGCUAUUGGCGCCAAUCCUCUGUACUGUGACUGCCACCUCCGCUGGCUAUCCAGCUGGGUCAAAACCGGCUACAAGGAGCCGGGCAUUGCCCGCUGUGCUGGGCCCCCAGACAUGGAGGGCAAGCUGCUGCUCACCACGCCUGCCAAGAAGUUUGAAUGCCAAGGCCCGCCCACUCUGGCUGUCCAGGCCAAGUGUGAUCCCUGCUUGUCUAGCCCAUGUCAAAACCAGGGCACCUGCCGCAAUGACCCCCUUGAGGUGUACAGGUGCUCCUGCCCCAGCGGCUAUAAGGGCCGACACUGUGAGAUAUCCUUAGACGGCUGUUCCAGCAGCCCUUGUGAAAAUGGGGGUACCUGCCAAGCUGAGGAGGGCGAGGAUGCCAGCUUCACGUGCUCCUGUCCCAUCGGCUUUGAAGGACCAACCUGUGCGGUGAACGUGGACGACUGUGUGGAGCAGGCCUGUGCCAACGGGGGCACCUGUGUGGACGGUGUGAGCAACUACACCUGCCAGUGCCCCCCACAGUUUGUGGGAAGGGCCUGCGAGCAGCUGGUGGAUUUCUGCUCUCCAGAUCUGAACCCGUGUCAGCAUAAGGCCCAGUGUGUAGGCACCCCAGACGGGCCCAGGUGUGAAUGUGCACCUGGUUACACAGGUGACAACUGCAGUGAGGAUCAAGACGACUGCAGGGGCCACCGCUGCCAGAAUGGGGCCCAGUGUGUGGACGCAGUCAACAGCUACACUUGCCUCUGCGCCAAGGGUUACAGUGGACAGCUCUGUGAGAUCCCUCCCCGCCCACCUGCUCCCAAGAACCCCUGCGAUGGGACCGAGUGCCAGAAUGGGGCCAACUGCGUUGACCAGGGCAGCCAGCCGGUGUGCCAGUGCCUCCCAGGCUUCAGUGGUCCUGAGUGUGAGAAGCUGCUCAGUGUCAACUUUGUGGACCGUGACACUUACCUACAGUUCACUGACUUGCAAAACUGGCCACGGGCCAACAUCACACUACAGGUCUCCACAGCAGAGGACAACGGGAUUCUGCUGUACAACGGUGACAGUGACCAUAUUGCAGUGGAGCUGUACCAGGGCCAUGUGCGUGUCAGCUACGAUCCAGGCAGCUACCCCAGUUCUGCCAUCUACAGUGCUGAGAUGAUCAAUGAUGGGCAGUUCCACACUGUUGAACUGGUCACCUUUGACCAGAUGGUGAACCUCUCCAUCGAUGGUGGCAGUCCCAUGACUAUGGACAACUUCGGCAAACACUACACACUCAACAGUGAGGCACCCCUCUAUGUGGGAGGGAUGCCAGUGGAUGUGAACUCGGCUGCCUUCCGCCUGUGGCAGGUCCUUAAUGGUACCAGCUUCCAUGGUUGCAUCCGAAACCUGUACAUAAAUAAUGAGCUGCAGGACUUCACCAAGACACAGAUGAAGCCAGGCGUGGUGCCAGGCUGUGAACCCUGUCGCAAACUGUACUGCCUGCAUGGCAUCUGCCAACCCAGUGCUACCCCAGGCCCCGUGUGCCACUGUGAGGCUGGCUGGAGUGGCCUUCACUGUGACCAGCCAGUGGACGGCCCCUGCCGUGGCCAUAAGUGUGCCCAUGGGAAAUGUGUGCCCCUUGAUGCCCUUUCCUACAGCUGCCAGUGCCAGGAGGGGUACUCAGGGGCCCUGUGCAGCCAGGCAGGGGCAGUGGUGGAGCCCUGUGGGGGCCUGCAAUGCCUGCAUGGCCACUGCCAGGCUUCGACCGCCAAGGGGGUGCACUGCGUAUGUGACCCCGGCUUUUCAGGCGAGCUGUGUGAGCAAGAGUUCGAGUGCCGGGGGGACCCUGUCCGGGAUUUUCACCGGGUCCAGAGGGGCUAUGCCAUCUGCCAAACCACGCGCCUGCUAUCAUGGGUGGAGUGCCGGGGCACCUGCCCAGGCCAAGGCUGCUGCCAGGGCCUGCGGCUGAAGCGGAGGAAGCUCACCUUCGAGUGCAGCGACGGGACCUCUUUUGCCGAGGAGGUGGAGAAGCCCACCAAAUGUGGUUGCACCCUCUGCGUUUAGGUGGCAUGGAGCAGGCAGCACCACGGGCAGGGCAGCAGAGUUGGCAGCUGGUUGCAGCGUGGGCCUCACCGGGACAUUGC